AUGUCAAAACAGAGUUAUAGUUUCGCUUAUGGUCCUCUUAAAAUUAAGGGCGAACUUGACCCUAUGUCAACUACGAUUUCAGCUAAAUAUUCCAUUUUCGAGGAUUCCUAUGGAGACAGGAUUAUUGGAGAGAAGUCUACCUCGCUCCUUGAUAGUGAGCCAUUCGUUUAUUCGGGGGAGGAAGGGACAUUCACAUCCACCUUGGGUUUGCAGGGAACAGCAAUUAUGGCCCAUGUUGAAGGGGAUAUCUAUGAUACAACCCUAGCUAUUAUUGAGAAAAUUGGUGAUGUUGAACUUGAACCAUUUUGA